UGACUUGAACAUUGUGAAAAAGUGCAAAUAUUUUCAUAGGAUAAAGUUAGUGCGUAGUAAUAUUUUCCAUUUAGACAAGAGGUGUGGCCCUUUGCUUAGAACGAUGUGGUUACAACCAUCCGCCAUUGUGCUGAUGAUGGUGCUGCAGACCUGCGUGGCGGAAAGAUUUGAAAGAUUGGAGCGUCGAUUGGAACUGAAACUGAAAUCCUUUCAGGCCUCCGUCGAGGUGAGAUUGGACGCAACUGAAGGAUAUUUUGAUACACUAGCUGAUAGAGUUUCAAAGCUAGAAUCAAUUGUUGAUAAGUCAGAUACCGAUAUCGUGUUGACUAGAAGUAACGGUUCAAGGAACGAGCCUUCUAUAGAAUAUACUAAACCUGAAUUAAACAAGAUCCAAAACACGCUCGCUAUGUACAAAACAUCAUUUAUAAAACAAAAAAAAGAAAUGAACGAUGUGAAGUUUGAUAUAUUCACGUAUUUGGGCAAUCUCAGCUCUGAUUUUAAAACCAAGUUGGCCCUGCACGUUGUAGGGCAAAUAGAAGACAACAAUAAAACAUUGAUUGCUCUAAAUUCUCAAGUCCGAGAUCAUAUCGCCAACGAAACAGAAAGUCUAGAAGUUUUUAAAACUAGUAUACUUCAAGACGUGAAUGAGACACGGGCACGUGUCCAAAACGAAACAACUGAACUUGAAAAGAAGGUUGAAAAGCUAAUAGGCAAAGCAAAUGAAGUUGUUGGGAUCAUUGAUGAGCAGAGAUCUACAAUAGAAGACGGUAUUAUGGUCACCAUCAGGGCGCUUCACAGUUCCUGGAGUGGUUGGUCUGCAUGGUCCGACUGUCCUCAGUCAUGUCAAAGCGGAAGCAGAAGUAGACACAGGUCUUGUGAUGUACACCCGCCUGUUACUGAUGGAAUUUGCAUUGGAAAUGAUACAGAUACAGAGGAAUGCAUCAUUCACGAGUUUUGUACACUGCCGAGAUGCCCCGAUAUGAGCGUAGAAAACGGAGAGAUUAAAUACAUAGGCGACAGGGCGAGAUACACGUAUGCACAUGUAAAUUGCAAUGACGGCUACACCGUUGGUAAAGAUGGAGUGGAAACAGUUGAAUGUCUUGGUAGUCUUCAAUGGGAGAGCAACUUACAUUGUUACAAGACAUUGAAACCAUGGAAACCUGACAACAGUGAAUAUAAAGAUUUGGGAAACGAAGAGGAAGAUCUUGAUCAUCAUGAAACUUACAAAAUUCGCUGUUUCUCGUACUAUGAACUGAAGCAAAGUAAUGGCCGUUACCUUGGUGGAGACAAUUACUACACGCGUAAAGUUGAGGUGGAGAACUUGAACGGAGCUUUGAAAUACGACGGUGAAAAAGAUGCAAACACGCUGUCGUGUGUUGAAAAAAGGUGUUUUCAAUUGGAUCAAUCGAACUAUCCCAAUGUGGUCAUUCAACCGAAAACGAAAUAUGUAGAGCAUGGAGAGUCUUACCAUUUAUCGUGCGAGAACGGCUUUGAACACAGUCUGAAAAGCGACCCAGAUUUCAUGUGCAGCUCUGGUAGACUUGGUGGGACAACUCCCCAUUGCAAAGAAACGUCACGUUGUGAGCUUCCAAACGAUCCAUACGCAUCAUAUUAUGUAAACGAUGAAAUACAUCGAGGAAACUACACAAUCUCACAUGAAGACAAGGUGGACCGUGUCGAGUGUGAAAGUGGUACUAGUUUAACAAAGCCAUUAGAUGGUAGAAACAGAUGCUGGGAUGGCAACUGGAAAUUAGGAGCGGAAUUACCAGUUUGUAAACCAGAGCAUUGUGAUACUCCUACCAUAGAAAAUGGUGUACUGCUAAAUUGGAUAAGAUGGGUUUAUUCCAAUCCAAUCAUUGUGAAUGGCGACAGUGUGUCACUACAAUGCAGUGAAGGGUUCUUUCUGUAUGAUAACAGCAAGAACGAGUUCAUGGAGGAACAUGUAUUUCGCAUCAAAUGUUACCGCGGGAACAUAACUUCAAUACCAUCGUGUAUAAAAGCUCUUUGUCCUGGUGGAUGUCAAAACGGUGGGACAUGUACCUCACCAAACAAGUGUAGCUGUCCGGAAGGAUUCUCUGGCAAUCGUUGCCAAACAGGCGUGCUUGACUGCACCAUACCUGAGUCCACCGAUGUACACUUUGUGACACUUUCCGGCGGGGAAUUAAAAGAGGGGACGCAGAUACAUCAUGGUAAACAUUUUAUAGCGGAGAAGGAAUGUAAGAAUUACUACGAGGGUUACUACCUCAACUACGAAGACGCUGAUGGAGAAGUAACUAGUCCGCCAGUAAACCUUGUCAAUACGCACGUUAAUUGUACUGAUGGUGUGAUCUCAAAUUAUACCCUGGUUUGUGACGAUGUCGACACUUCCGAUACUGCCGUUACCAUUUCGGAGGAGUGCAAGACUGUACCAAAUGGCAAUGUUACAGAUAACGGCCAAUCAGUUGAGUGUAACGAGGGUUACGUCAAUGCUAACAGCCUUUCGUACGAGAGAUACAGUUGUUAUUGUGACAGGAACAUCCCUGCCUUGGUGUGCAAUGGAAGGCAAGCCAAGUGCAAACCAGUUAACUGUAAAAUAGACAGACCUAUUGAGCAAGGGAUGACUCUCAUACACAAAGGACGGUUUGUCACCUCUUCAUCAAUAGAAGCAAUUGAUCACGGAGAAUCCGUCGUAUUUAACUGUGAAAUCGGAAGGAACGACAUAACAUACGAGCCAAGAAAUCGGCUAUUUAAAUGUGACCGGGGAAAGUGGCUAGAACAUAACAGAAGAGGUGUCUCAUGGUCGUUAGGCAACAAUGGAAUGUUUCCCAAAUGUCGACCAGCAAAGUGCGAGUGUCAGAACGGAGGAACAUGUAUUCGAGAUGAAAUGUGUAAAUGUCCACCAUUCUCAACUGGACAGCAGUGUGAAACAUCUCUUUGUCCUGAUGGAUGUCAAAACGGUGGGACAUGUACCUCCCCAAAUAGGUGUAGCUGCCUGGAAAGAUCCUCUGGCAAUCGCUGCCAAACAGGCGUGCUUGACUGCACCAUACCUGAGUCCACCGAUGUACACUUUGUGACACUUUCCGGCGGGGAAUUAAAAGAGGGGACUCAGAUACAUCAUGGUAAACAUUUUAUAGCGGAGAAGGAAUGUAAGGAUUACUACGAGGGUUACUACCUCAACUACGAAGACGCUGAUGGAGAAGUAACUAGUCCGCCAGUAAACCUUGUCAAUACGCACGUUAAUUGUACUGAUGGUGUGAUCUCAAAUUAUACCCUGGUUUGUGACGAUGUCGACACUUCCGAUACUGCCGUUACCAUUUCGGAGGAGUGCAAGACUGUACCAAAUGGCAAUGUUACAGAUAACGGCCAAUCAGUGGAGUGUAACGAGGGUUACGUCAAUGCUAACAGCCUUUCGUACGAGAGAUACAGUUGUUAUUGUGACAGGAACAUCCCUGCCUUGGUGUGCAAUGGAAGGCAAGCCAAGUGCAAACCAGUUAACUGUAAAAUAGACAGACCUAUUGAGCAAGGGAUGACUCUCAUACACAAAGGACGCUUUGUCACCUCUUCAUCAAUAGAAGCGAUUGAUCACGAAGAAUCCGUCGUAUUUAACUGUGAAAUCGGAAGGAACGACAUAGCAUACGAGCCAAGAAAUCGGCUGUUUAAAUGUGACCGGGGAAAGUGGUUAGAAGAUAACAGAAGAGGUGGCUCAUGGUCAUUAGGCAACAAUGGAACGUUUCCCAAAUGUCGACCAGCAAAGUGUGAGUGUCAGAACGGAGGAACAUGUGUUCGAGAUGGUAUGUGUACAUGUUCAGAAUUCUCAACUGGAACGCAGUGUGAAACACCUAUUUGUCCUGAUGGAUGUCAAAACGGUGGGACAUGUACCUCCCCAAACAGGUGUAGCUGUCCGGAUAAUUAUUCUGGAAAUCAUUGCCAAACAGAGGAGGGAUGUCAAGCUCCGAUUGAUAAUGAAAAUGAUGCGUUUUACCGAAAUGAAGCUACAUACACUGUUACUGAUGAAAGCUGCUCCGGUGGAAAUGUACCCAGUUUUAAAGGACAGAUUACUUGUGAAGAUGGUCACUGGUCAGAACAAGUCCUCUGUUUGAAAGGAGCGAGUUACCGUAUAACUGUAAAAACUGCUGACAUCAUAUGGCGCGUAGGUGAGGGCACAGAUGGAGAGGUGUACUUGUACAUGUACGGUUCAAAAGGGAACAGCGGUAAAAUCAUAUUACGUGGUGGGUUUGAGGCCGGUGAUGUGGAUAUGACGAAUGCCCUUUUUGUUGACGUCGGAAAGAUCUCCAAAAUCCAACUUGGUGUAAAAGCCAGAUCACCUACAAGAGAUGGUUGGAUACCGGAAUCCGUACUAAUAGAAGAUGAAUCUAGAAGAGAUGAUUACAAAUUUGUACACGGUGCGGAAAUCGACGACACAAGCAUCUUUCUUUAUCCACUUGCCUCUUGCUAUCCUUCUACAAACUUAAGAAAUGUUUCCGCUAUUUACUUCGUUGGAGAUGAGCUACGCCUCAAACCAUCAAACUGUGCGGAAGGAUACAAGCCUCAGCCAUCAUUCACGAAAUGCACAGAAAUGGGGUGGACGGCUGAUGUUGUUUGCUUGGCAUAAACCUCUUUUUGGAUAACUUUACUGCCAUAAUUGAAUCAUUUAAGUAUGGUUAUCAUACCUUAAAUACAGGAAACAGUAUAUAAAUCCAUUGUGCAAAAUUGGAAACAAAAAAAUGUAAAAACUGUUCAAAACAACAGAAACUGUGACGCAAUAGUUACUGUACGUGUAUCUUGUAUGUGUAUAUAGAGCAUUGUUUUCGUCGUGAAAAAACACUUGUUAGUGUGAAUCAGUACAGAACAGAACAGAACAGAAUGUUUAUUUAACUUAAGCAUAUACAGCUCAUCGUUAUAAACACAAAAAUAAAUACACCUAAUCAAUUCAA